AUGAGAGCUUACUGGUUCGACAAUGUCGAGGGCGACCAACGCCUGCCCCACGACUCCGGGCGCAAUGUCGAGCCAUCUUAUCUUGCCAAUUUGGGCGUAAUUUACAGACACGUCACUUCCGACGACGAGGUCAACGCACUAGCAAAAGAGCGCAGCUACAAGAACCGCGAUGAAAUCACCGUAUCGCCCGAGAAAAUGGGCGAUAUCUAUGAAGAGAAAGUGAAGAGCUUUUUCCACGAGCACUUGCACGAGGACGAAGAGAUCAGGUACAUCAUCGAUGGCGCGGGGUUCUUUGAUGUGAGGAGUGAGGGCGAUGACUGGGUCCGGAUUUGGCUAGAGCAGGGUGAUUUGAUUGUGCUGCCGGCAGGGAUUUAUCAUCGGUUUACCACUGAUGAAAAGAACUACAUCAAGGCCAUGCGCCUGUUCAAGGAGGAGCCCAAGUGGACUCCGCUGAACCGGAGCGCGGAGACAGACGAGAACCACUACCGCAAGGAGUACCUCACUAAGAGGCAAGGUCUCGCUGCAUAA